AUGGCUAGGCAAGCAUUCAAUAUUGAGAUUGAUGAUUUCCAUCAGUUCCUGGUCGCUCUGCUAGGAAAAGGAGCAGGCCACCCAAGAGGUCCAAUGUCUUGCCUUAAAGAAGAAGAGUUUUAUUCUCCAGUACUGCAAAUAUAUUGGAGCGGUGGUCAUGAUCUCUCCCGAGCACAAUGGCACUCGGUGAAGACACAGUCGUUGAAUACAGUCCAGCUCCGUGCCACGUCAACAAAGACGUUGGUCUUUCCGGACAAGAUCCCUGAACUCAAGCCUACAUGCCAGUACAUAGAAUUCUCAAACUGUAUGCGAGCUCCCCGACCUCCAUGGCCUGAUGUGUUGUUUGGAGAUCGCGCCAGCAUGACUCCGAAUGGGGGCGUUGCGUUAUGCUGA